AGGAAAUCGAUUCGUGGAAUGUGAAAGACGACGUGUCUCCAAAAGUUACAGAGAAAAUUACACGAGACGUACAUUACGGGUUAUCUUAUCUGAGUUUCGGUGUAAUUUUAAGUUUUAUGACGGGGAUAAUGCUUGCAGCAACUACAGAUAUUGACGACGAUUUUUUAUAUGACAAAGAGCUCAUAACAUAUUUACCUAAGUGGAAGGUUACCACUGUUAUGGUUUCUUUAAUUCGAUAUUUUUUCUGCUUUGUGCCUUACCCCACUACAAUAUCACCAUGCUAUCAACUGAUUUACGGGUUCAUCCGAGUUAAAUUGGCAAUAUAUAUAAUAAUAGACAGAAUGGAAAGAGUAAAUCGUGGAUAUGAAAACCUACAACAGUCAAAACUGGACGAAGUAUAUCACAAAACUGUAUCAGAAAGACUUAAAUGGAUCAUAGAUUUACACGUCAAGACCUGUGUACUAUUGCACCAUAUCGAAGGAAAAGCAAAGGGUUUGAUGUUUCCUUUUAAAAUCUGUGCCACUUUAGCUCUUGUUAGUUUUGUUGCUUGCUACUUCUCGCUUGAAAGUAAGCCGAUUAAAGAGUAUAUUUUAUUGUCUAUACUUUUCACUAAUACACUCUUCACACUAUUUUUGCUUACAUCAUAUGGGCAAUAUAUCGAAGACUUGUCGCAGGACAUUUUUGAUACUUCUGCACGUGUUAAAUGGUACCACUGGAAUCAUUCCAACAAAAAAAAUUACCUUAUAUAUCUUACGAACGCCCAGAAACCGUUUAAAUUGAACUACACUGAAAAUAUCUCAGUUAAUUAUCGGUUGGCAGUUGAUGUUAUAGGAAACUUGAUAUCUGCUUUGACGUUUGUCGUUCAGAUUAAAAUCGCAAGAGGUGAACUAGUUUAAUUAAUAUACCAG